UUUACUAUUCGAUCCGUUUCUUUUGUUGACCUUUUUACGGCAGUUAAAAAUGAGUACUUUUUCCGGAUUUUUCUCGGAAAUUCCCGGCAUAUCCGCCGACCGUUUCGAAGAGGUGAAUCGAGUGCAAUCGCGCGUAUUUUUCCUCUCUCAUUGCCACAUGGAUCAUAUGCAAGGACUGAAUCUGGAGGAUCCGCUUCCAGGCCCGCUCUACGCCAGCCCGAUUUCGGGUGUCUUCCUGAAGCACCGUUUUCCACAAAUAACCGAAAGCAUCCGAUCCAUUGAAAUUGGAGACACCAUAUCAAUCAGUUUGGAAUCGACCGAAGACAAUCAAACCCCCCAAGAGGUGCAAGUAACUGCCAUCCCAGCCGGACAUUGUCCCGGCUCCAUCAUGUUCCUUUUCCAAACCAAAAGCCACAAGGUGCUUUACACGGGUGACUUCCGCUUGUCGCCUAAGGAUCUCCGAAACAUAAUUCCCCUCCGGAAUCUUACACUGGACGUUGUCUACCUGGACACCACCUUUUUCCUUCCGCAUUAUCUCCAUUUCCCCUCCCAAACCGAAAGCCUGUCAAAACUAAUCGACCUGUGCCAGGAAUGGCUAUCGAGUAAUCCGCAGAACGUAAUCACCCUUAAACUGCCCGCUCUGUACGGAAGCGAGUUCUUGUUCAUGGAACUAUCCCGCCGCCUGGGGCACAGAAUCCAUGUCAAACAAGAAGAGCUCCGAUGCUACCGUUUCCUGGCCAGUUUGGAUAAUGCCGUCACCGCUCACCAUGUCACCGAGACUCGGAUUCACGCCUGCCAGGGAACGCGCUCCGAUCAGUACUGGAAGUUGCCCUGUCGACCGACGUUGCAGGAGAAGCAUAUUCGGGUGAUACGUCCGUCGGCUCUGCGCUGGCGGCGGUUGAAACCAGACGACCCAAUCCACAGAAGGUUGCGAAACGACAGGGAGGAGUACUCCGUCUGCUACUCGAAUCACGCCAGCUACGGGGAGCUUGAGGACUUCCUGCAGUAUCUUCGUCCGCGAGCUGUUCGGUUCAACGUGCUGUGGAAGGAUGACCCGGGUGGAAUUAAGAUGAGUCAGCUGUUGCAGGAUGUUUGUCCGUGGCUUGGUAGUCAAGAGGAAUGUGUGAGUCAAUCAGAGGAAUCUUUUAAAUUCGAUGGAAUCGUGUAUCAACGAACGGAUGAUAAAAACAAAAACAAGCUGAUCUACGAUGAAGACAGCGACGAGGAUAAAGCUGUGAUAGAACAUUUGCCUAAAAGGAUUCGCACAAUGCAAGAGAAAGCAGAAACCGAUUAAGGGUACCUAUACGUUAGGAUCAGAGUUGCUCACGUGCCAUCCCAUCAGAACGAGCCAUCGACCGGCCCAUCGAUCGAUGCAACGUAAUAAGUGAUGACCCAGGGAAUUAUCCAACUGAGGUGGCAACGUGCGCAAAGCCACGCGAACGACAACGGAUCGGACGACAUCGAUGCAGACUUUGACCGGGACCGUUUUGCUGAGUUG